GGUUGGCUUUGGCGCCGAAUGGGCGCAGAGUAACAGAAACGUGGGGAACAUGAGGAAAUAGUUUCUGAUUUUAAAAACCCGCCUCCUUCACGGUUUGGCGUCAGGAAGGGGGGAAGCUUUAGUGCGCAUGCUCCAACUGGGCGGGUCAGAUGCUGGUGGUCAUCAUCACAAACUGGGCAAAGUUUCCCCACAACUGUAGUAAAGUUGAUCACAAGACCGCGGAUGUUGGCAGGAGGAGGGAAACCAAGAGACGAGUAGAUUUAAUGUCAAAACUAACGGACUUUGUUUUUCUCUGCUUGAAGAAAAUCCCGAUCUUCCACUUUAAAAAGCUCGUUUUAGCGGCACAACUUUUAUCUUUGGAGCGAUACUUUGAAGAUGGGAAUUUUUCUAUGAGGAAGGGGAUCGCUUCGUGGAUUUUGGACGAUGGUUUUGUUUGAGCCCAAACUUCUUUAAAUCCUCCAAAGAAAUCAGAAGAGACGACAGCUCAAUGGGGCCCUUCACGACGCCCAAAAAGAGAGCGGAGGCUGGUUCAGUUGACCCCUGGACGCCGACCUCCAACCUUAAAAUGCUGAUCAGCGCCGCCAGUCCUGAGAUCCGGAACAGGGAAAAGGAGCUGUGCAUGGACGCCGACGACCGGGACGGUUUGGACCCGACACAGGACUCAGAAAACGGUGAUGAGUCGGAGAAAAUGAUCAGCAGGAAAGAUAAGAGUCUGGGUUUGUUGUGUCACAAGUUUCUGGCCCGGUACCCAGAUUACCCGGAUUCAGUUCUGACUGACAUCUGCCUGGACGACGUCGCUACAGAGCUCAGUGUGGAGCGGCGGCGCAUCUAUGACAUCAUGAACGUUCUGGAGAGCCUCCACAUGGUGAGCCGCUCGGCUAAGAACCGCUACUCCUGGCACGGCCGGACCAAGCUGGCCGAGACGCUGGCCAUCCUGAGGAGCGUCGGCGAGACGCACCGGUACGGCCAGCAGAUGCAGCAGAUCCGGCAGCGCGUGGCGGACCGGGAGUUCGACUUCAGUCAGGAGGAGAAGGAGAACGAGGCGGAGGGCGGCGAGCAGAAGGAGCUCUUCUUCGUGGAGCAUCCAGGAGUCGAGUUCAAAGCAGCGUCGGUUAACAGUAGGAAAGAUAAAUCUCUUCGGGUGAUGAGCCAGAAGUUCGUCAUGCUGUUCCUGGUCUCCAACCCUCAUGUGGUCAGUCUGGACGUUGCUGCAAAGAUCCUGAUAGGAGAAGAUCAUGUUGCAGAUCAGGACAAGAGCAAGUUCAAGACCAAAGUGAGGCGGCUGUACGACAUCGCCAACGUGCUGCGGAGCCUCAAGCUGAUUGAGAAAUUCCACGUUACAGAAGUAGGAGGAAGGAAACCGGCCUUUAAAUGGAUCGGACCGGUAGAACUUCCACCGGUUCAAGAUUUGUCAAAAUCCUCGUCCGAGUUUCCAUCCCAGAAGAAACGAGUCCUUGAACCGUCUGUGGAAAACUGUGCCAAAAACCUGUUUCCGUCAUCGGGGGCCAAGCGCAGCUUCACGCGGCACCCGUCCCUCAUAAAGCUCGCGAAAAGCAUUCAGGACGACCGGCGGAAAAUCAACUCCGCCCCCAGCAGUCCCACCAAGUGUGUCCUCGGUGAUUCAGCGAACGUGGAUGUUCCAAGCAAAAUGGCCCAACUUGCUGCUAUUUGUAAAAUUAAACUUGAUCAGGAGUCCAGGCCAAAAGAAACUCCGGCCGCUACAGAGAGAGACCCGGCAGCAGAGCGGUUACCGCCACCCGCCUCCGGUCACAUGGACCCGCCCAAAGUGCCGCUAACAGCACAGAGUCAGGAGCCUGGAGUCCACCUAACGCCUCGCACGCCGCUAGCGGGGCAGGCUGCCGGCGCCGUCACCUUCAUCCCGGCGCAGUGUUCGCCCCUGAUCCCCGUCCUGCUGCCUCGGCAGCGGGGCAACGGGCCCUACGCCGUCUACCUGCACCCGUCCUCCCUCAGGUCCAACGCUCUGUCCAGGCCACAGCCCACGAGCCUCGCAGUGCGCUCCAUGACGUUCGAGGACAAGAUGGGCCAGAGUCCGAACGCGCCGUCUGCGGCGAAGAGCCGACCGGCGUCCAGGGAGUCCGACAGCAGUCCUCUGACGCUCAAACGCCAACGUCCGGGUUCCACCGCAGAGAGCAGCCCCUCGAAAGCCAGGCGGCCCGACCCCAACUUUAAGGACGGCUCUCCGAAGCUCGGUGAGAUCCUGCAGGCCCGCCUGAAGGCGCGCCGCGGCGCUCACCUCGUCAGCCGGCCCUCGCCUCGCGCGCUCCACCUGGACCCGGAGUUCGUCAACACCCCCGGCGGUGCUGCCGGCCCGACGCUGGAGCACAGCCUGGAGAACCUCCUGGAGAGAGACGACAGGCCGGUGACCUCUGACCUCGAGGCGGGUUUCACGCCGGUCAGGGCGGUGCCGCUCACACCCGGACAGAUCCACUCUGAGACUUUGGUUCCAGCCGGAUAUUUAAUCCCAAUUUCUCAGCAAUCCCUCAUCAGCUACAAGGAAUUACAGAACUCUGGGGAAGAAAGCAACAAGUCCUCUUACAUCUACCAAACACCGACUGCAGGCUCCAGAUCGGCCGCUGCCCUUGAAGUGACCCCUACCAACCUCCGCCUGAGCAAACCCCCGGCCGCCGCCGUCUCCUCUCCACACCAACCCAGUCGGGUCAGCUGUCCCAGCCCGGCCAUCCUGAACUUCACGCUGCAGAACUUGGGUCUGAUCUCCAGCCCGACCGGUGCCUUCGGGUCCUCCCAGCCUCCAGAGGGCGCCGGCGCCGCUCUGGGUCCGCUGGGCCUGCAGCCGAGAGGCUUGGUGUUCAUCAAGCCCGUCUCGCCGGUUCCAGUCCAGCCGGCGCUGCCUGGACAGCCGCUCACUCUGAUCAGCCUGCAGCAGCCUCUGAUGGCCACGCCGAAAGCGUCGGGUCUCCCUCAGCACAGCUUCUUCCACACGCCGGUGCCGCUCUCGCCUCUGGCUGCCAUGGUAACCGUUAGCGGCCAGCCGGCCUCCAGGACUGUUUACGUCCCUCAGAGGAAGCUGGACGUCUCAGCCGAGGACUCCUGAUGUUUGGGCCUGUGGGGGUCGGGCUCCUGUUGUGAUUUUAGUUUCUUUACGUUUUUUUGUCACCUCUGAACAUUUCACAGCUUCCUGGAGGCCUUUUGUUAUCAGUCAUAAAAAUAGCUGCCAAGCAGACUUUGGCUGAGGCCCAGUGGACUUAUGGGAAACCGAUACGAAACCAGUUCGGAUACCCAGGAACACUACCACCCUGCUGCAUGCGAUGCUGAUUACGACGAGCAUCAAGGCCAGACUAAGGAAAAAUAAAUAAAAUCACCGGAAUAAAGUCGCAAUAUUAUAAUAAUAAAGUCAAACAUGCAAGUUUGUUCCUGUAGUUCAACUUUAUUCUCAUUUUUUUCAACUUUAUUCUCGUACGAAUUUAUUUUCGUAAUGUUACAAUUUUAUUCUUGUAUUAUUUCAGCUUUGUGGUCAUAGGAGUUUAUCCUCCUCACUUUAUUCUUGUGAUUUUAUUAUUGUUUUCUUAGCGUGGCCCUGAUGCUCCGUCAGCGCUGAUGGACAUUUCUCAGAAUUAAACUAAAAUCUGCAUCUUUAUUUCUCAUUGCUGUCGACUUUCUUGCUUUUCUUUGCUUUUGAUAUUAUGGGUUUUCUUUAAAUUAACCAAAUUGGUAAAAUCUUCAUUGUUGUUGUAGUAAAACUGAGAUCACUUUUGCACUUAUGUACAUGUGAACUGUUGCCCCUGAGUAGAAAUCUGAACUAUGUGAAUAUUUGAAGCAUUCGAGGAAAACAUUUACUGUUUGAUGGGUUUAAUUUAUGAGGAAACAAACUUUUGUUUGUGAUGUCUUACUCCUUGUAAAAUGUUGAAUAAAUUGUAAAAUGAUUUUUCUAAAAACAUCAA